GGCGGAGAGGCGGAGAUGGUGCCGGGCGAGGCGGCGCCGCCCGGGCCGGGCUCGCCGCGGGGCAGCGCCGAGGGGGCCGCGGCGGGCAGGAAGCAGCGCGCGGCCGCCCGCAGGAAGGCCUUUUCCCUGUUCGUCAAAGCCAAGGAGGUGCCGGCCGCGUCGCGGUGUCCCGGCGGCGGAGAGGGCGUGCGGUGGCGGUGCUGCCGGCAGGCGUUCGAGGAGCUGCCCGGCAUCCACAGGCACGUGGCUCUGCACCACUCCGGAGACGUCGGGCGGCAGGCAGGGCUCGGUGCGGCGCCGGCGGAGGCCGGAGGCAGCCCCGCGGGCAGCGCGGCCCGGCCGAGCGGGCACUCCUGCACCAACCCGGAGAUCUCCUGGGCGCUCCCGGACACAAGCCACGUUAGCCAUGAUGAUCUGACAAGCCAGGUGGGAGAAGUACUUCUCUAUUACUGUUACUGUGAGGUGAAAGAUCCAGAGAAGCUCUGUGCUUGGCAAAAGGCUUUGUGUCAGCAUCUACAUCUCACUGGCAAGGUACGAGUUGCUUCAGAAGGGAUUAAUGGGACAGUUGGUGGAAGCAAAGUAGCUACCAGUCUCUACAUUAAAGUUAUGCUUUCCCAGCCUCUGUUCAAAAACAUUUUGUGUCAAGAGGAUUUCAAGAGCAGUGCAGGAGGAGCUCACUGUUUCCCAGACCUUCGCGUUGGUGUAUUCAAAGAAAUUGUACCUAUGGGUGUUGAUCCAAAGAUAGUGUCUUAUAAGGAAACUGGAAUCCAUUUAUCCCCUCAGGAAUUUCAUAGAGAAGUAGAACAGUAUUUGUCUCAGGCCAGUCAAGGACAAAGCGAUACCAUCUUGCUGGACUGUAGGAACUUCUAUGAAAGUAAAAUAGGACACUUCCAGGGCUGUCUGGCUCCAGAUAUCAGGAAGUUCAGCUAUUUUCCCAGCUAUGUAGAUGAAAACCUGGAGCUUUUUAAAGAUAAGCGUGUCCUGAUGUACUGCACCGGAGGGAUUCGUUGCGAAAGAGGCUCUGCUUACCUCAGGAGCAAGGCAGUGUGCAGAGAGGUUUACCAGCUAAAAGGUGGAAUUCACAAGUACCUAGAAGAGUUUCCAGAUGGAUUCUACAGGGGGAAGCUGUUUGUAUUUGAUGAUCGUUACGCCAUUUGUUCCAAUGAAGAUAUCAUCUCAGCAUGCAGAUACUGUGGGGUGCUGUGGGACCAGUAUAAACUUUGUUCCAGUCAGCACUGCCGGCAGCUUGUCCUGACGUGUCCAAGUUGUUGCAACAAAGGUCUUACAGCUUGCUGUCCUGUUUGUCAAGAGAAGGAGCUCAAGGUGACUUCAAGGGCUUCAGGACAGACACUUAAGGAGGAAUGUGAGUGUACAAGGAGACGGCCAAGGGUACCAAUUGAAAAUGUCUCACCAAGGAUGCUGGACACAGGGAAAGAUUAAGCUGUUUAACUGGCUAAUCUGGCAUGUGCUCAUGUGAAGGGCUUCCGUAACCAGAUCUCUAUUUGCUAAUCAGUUAGGUUUGGAAAUUAUGAAAAUAUGUUGGCUUGGAAAGUCCUGUUCAUAUGCUGCCUUUAAACAUAGAGUAUGCCCUCAAAACCAUCCAUUACUUGCCUGUAAAUUACCAGAGUGCCCAAUCCAUCACCAGCACUACAGGAUUACUCUCCCUGGGUACAGUCUUGUAGUGUGGCCUUUACUGUGGGGAUUUUGGAGCAGAGUAUCUGCAACAUGACAGAGCUGCUCACAAUUCAAAAGAAACUGAAGCAACUUAAGAACAAUUCAAUUUUUUUCUUCCUGCAUGGAGAUCAACCUGUCUGACCUCUCCAAGGAUCAUGCAUCUGCUUCAACAGCUUGUAGUAAGGUGUGCAAACAGCAGAUUUAUUAAUUUGGUGUAGGUAUGUGCCCAGAUUAGAUCCUGAAGAUAUAUUCCACAUGCACACCAUCUAUCUGAAUCUUCUGCUUUAUACCAGUGAGAAGCAAGGCAAAGUUACCUGAAAUUACUGACUUAACUCUCCUGUAGAACUGGCUGAAGGCAGUAUAAGGAGCUGGAGCAAAGGUCCAGAGAUACUGUUUGCCCAGCCAUACUAGUUGUGACCUGUAGGAUGAACAGCAAACCCAGUCUUCUUUCCAGUGCUCAGUCUCCCUGGGAACUGUUUUUUCCCCUCAACUUGUCAGUGUAUGAAAUAUGCAGGGCUCAGCUCUGCUUGCACUAAAAAAACCUGACAGCUUGAAGCAUGUUGAAACAGGCACACAAAGAGGGGAGCACAGAGACUGUCACAAUACCAGCAUCAUGGCACUGGAAGUGAUGCAUGUAUGCAUAAAUGUCAGCAACAGCUAUGAGAAGACUGCAAGAUCCUUUAUCCACGUUAAAUAAUUCAAGUUCUGGGGAGCAUUUGUGCUUUUUAAACAUGAGUUAAGUUUUUUAAAAGCUGCAAGAUGUUUAUGCAAUUUCCAGCACCUGUCAGUGGAGAAAUUGUCUUUGAAGGGACCUACAGCAGAUGAGCUUAAAAUACUGCCCCACGUGCUGUUUUGUGUGCCUGAUGCUGUAGAAUGUACAGAAAGGAUUUAUUAAUAGUGUGGAAGAUGUGUCUUGACAGAAAAAUGUCUUUGAACUUUACUGUCAUUCUGGGAACUAAACAGUAAGUCAUUAGGACAUCAAAGUCACUGGGUUUGGAGUUUUUUUACUGGCAAAUGAUUUUAAAAGCAAGAAAACAGUUUUUUAGGUUUCUGCAGUUGCUUAAUAACAGUGAUAUGUUAUUUUCAUAUAGAUUGUAACUUUCUCCCAUGGUGCUAUUAAUUCAGCAAGGCCUCAUUGUUGGCUUGACUAGCAACUUAAAUACAUGGGCAUUGGUUCCAUUAAACCGAUGACAAACAUUUCUUCUUUCUUCCAGUAUUGCUACCAUGAAAUCAACUGUCCUCAGGACAAUUUCAUUAAUGAGGCAAAACCCUGAAUCUUAGGAAUAUUUCCUUUGGGAAUCUUUCUAAGAUAGUAUUUAAUAGUAAAUCUCUUAACAACCAGUCCUUGAGAAGAAAUUGGAGAAGUCCCAUCAGUAGACACCUUCAGCACAAGUCUGAUUAACCUGUGUGGUUUUGAGAACUGGAGUAUUUGUGAAGAAACAUGCAAGCUCUACUUGCAGGUCUGGUCUAGAGCACUGAUGGGAUCCUCCUGUGUUAGGCUAAAAAGAACUCAAUAUUGUAAUUCAGUCUUAUCAGCAGGUCUGUAACACUGUAAUCAAUUUGUAAUGCUGUUUCUGUAUCACUUAUCAGUACAGGAUGGCAACAACUAUGUUUUAUAUGUAAACUUCUGAAACAUCUAUGAUAAAUAACCUUUAGUGC